AUGGACGCGACGCUCCUCGCCGACCUGAUCGAGUACCGCAAGGACCGCGACAAGGCCGUCGUCGCGGCGGCGCGCUCGCUGCUGCAGCUCUUCCGCGACCGGAUGCCGGCGCUGCUGCACAAGAAGUACCGCGGCAAGGGCUGCGACCUGGGCGAGAAGCCCGACGCGUAUGGCGCGCUGCAAGUUGCGACGGGCGUCGAGGGCGCCGAGCUGCUCUCGGCGCGCGAGGCGCGGCUGGCGGCCGCAGGCAAGCUGCGGCGGGACGAGGACGGGGGGCCGGCGGGCGAGGGCGACACGGACGACGGGCUCAAGCAGAUCCAGGAGCAGGCGGCGCGCCAGAAGGGGAUGAGCAAAGGGCAGAAGCGGCGGCUGGCGGAGCUCGCCGACGACUCGAGGCGAGGCGGCGUGAGGACGUGUCCGAUGCCGCAGUCCGCGAUCGAGGGCGAGGCCGUGGACCCGUUGGACAUCGCCGGCGUGCGGGCGCGCAAGGCGGCGACGCGCGAGGAGAAGCUGGCCUCGACGGUGGCGGGCCGCGAGGAGCGCGCCGCGUUCGGCCGGCGCAAGAAGAAGAAGACGGGCGGAAGCAGCAACCAGGAGAAGAAGAAGACCAAGAACUUCAUCAUGGCGACCAAGACGCGGCAGGUGCAAAACAAGGUGAAGCGGCGCGAGGAGCUGCAGCGCCGCGCUCGCCGGUCGAGCAAGAAGCAGUUCCGAGGUUCGGUGCGCAAGGGCCGGUAA